UGUCACAGUUGGGUGGACUGAAAUUCUUCACUUCGGAGUUUGGUUGGGUACACGCAGAUAGGGGAACUUGCUGGUCGUCCAGUUGGCAAUUUGACGAAGUUGUCUUCGGAAACUUGAAGGCUCAAAAUAAAACCACUAUGACUUCGACGAACAUGUUUCAGGGGUUGGAGACUGGUUCAAAACCAAGCUCAAGGGUGUUGCAGCCUCCUGGAGGUGGCUCCAGUAAUCUGUUUGGUGGCUAUGAAGAGGAUUCUGCAGCAUCGAGAAGACCUCAUAAGAUGGCCUCUAAAGUUUUUGCUCCACCAGAGCAGCCUGAAACUGUACCCAAACGCUCCAAUCCACCAGGUGGAAGGACUAGCGGAAUAUUUGGGGACCCUGAGCCUCCAGCCCAAGCACAGAGAACCAUGCCUCCAGGUGGACUGACCAGCAACAUUUUUGGAUCUGCAGAAAGUGCACCUGGCCAAAGCCCAAGUCGAGGCCACCCAAAUAAGCCAAAGGACAAUCUAAGUGUGGGACCUGAGCCUGAACCACCAGCACCUGAGCCCAAGAUCAGCCAGCCUGAGGUGAAGGAGGAAGCUGCCCCCCCAGCUCCCAUUCCAGUCAAGGAAGAGCCCGCCGCAGUCUCGGCCCCUCCAGUGCCGGAGCCCACUCCCUCUUCACCUCCGGAUCAAAGAGAUGAGACCGCUGACCUGAAGAAACAUGAGCCUCAUCUGGGACCCCGACCUCGCUCUCACAAUAGGGUCCUCAACCCCCCUGGAGGAAAGUCCAGUGUGAUAUUCUACUGAUGAGCUGAACACACCACUCCUCCCUGUCUGUGUCCACUCACUCCUCGUCUGCUCCUCUGUCAAUCUUCUCUCAUUCCAACACCCCUCUACCCACGGUUACUUCACCUGUACAUCUAAAGCAGACCAGGAUGUUUUGUUGUCAUUCACAUCAAACUUCUGGUCACAUAUGUUGUCCUCAACUUCUUGCACUUUCAGCCCCUUUUCUUGCUUUUUGUCUAUUUCUUCAAUGAAACCUGCAAACAUACAAUCACAAGCCAAUCACUUUGAUUGUCCAAUCCAAAUAAUGCGAUUACUGUUUUCACUGUUUCUGUGUUACUGUAGUUUGGUUUAAGGCACAAUUAUUUUGGAAAAUGUUUUUGCAUCUCAAGAAUGGUUAAGACAUUCAAGUGAUUGUACAUUGUUCAGCUUAAAACAGUCCUAGAUUCAAAUUAUUUGGUGAUGUUACAGUCCUGGUGUAAGAAUUCAUGGCAGACAUUUGCUCAAAUUUCAGGAUGAUUGUUUUAAACAUUAAUGUUUAGGCGCUCAGUCUGGAGGGGUGAAUAAAUCUUCUCACCAAUGUAAUAUGUAAAAUGUUUCAGGGAGUUCCACUAGUGCCCGAUCCUUCAUGGAUGACUACAUGAGAGCUUUUGUUUGGCCAUUUUUCAAAAUAAUGCAUGUGUUAGACAGUAAGAAAUGACUGUAUGAUUAGAAGCCUUAUUCAUCUUUCUUGUCUUCUCAUGAAAUAUUCCUUCAUGGUUUCUUUCUCUAGAUGCCAAAAAUUGACUUUAAAAACAAAGAUGAAUACAGUUGUUUACUUCUAAAUGUAUCUGCUUCCUUAAAGAAAUUCCAUUUUGAUUUUAUGCGAUUGUAUUGUGCAGGUUCUUUUCUGCUUUGUUCUCAUUGCUUGCUUUAUGAACAUGCCUUUUUUUUUUUGCGUGGGUCAGGCCUUUGUUUAUGUUUUAAAUUAAAACGGCUGAAGACAAUUGAACUCUGGACAAGCGUGGGGCCUGCCUGAGUCCAGGUGGGCUCAUUGAUAAUCACUCUUUCACCCACUUAAUGAUGCACAUUAAUGUUAUUCUGGUGCCAGCCUGUCCCCCCGUGUGUUGAUGUGCCUGGCAGGCAAUGAGCACAGCAGAAGAAAGAAAUCCUGUGUACUGCAAUAAAACUGUUGUUUUGCAUUAAGA